AUGUGGAAAGCAGAGGUUGGCCAACGGUGAGCGGGCGAUGCGGCUCGAGUAGCGCGGGGGCCAGCCCGGCGCCCGUCCAGCCAAUCGAGGCACGUCUCGCGUAUGAUGUCAUCGGAGGAGGAGGCCGACUCACACGCGCCCUACUCGGAUAAGCUCCUAAAGAAACAGAAACGCGUCAGACAGCGCGUGGACGCCGGCGAGCCACGCAAUUCUUAUUCGACUCUCGCGACGAACGGACCCGCGCCCGCGCGCUCCGCACACAUGAGCGGGGGACUUUACGGCGCCAUCUUCGAGGGUCGCCAACACUUCGGCCUCUUCGGUACUUGCUACGCGCCGGCCGAGAUGCUCAACGAGCUGCUGGGGCGCCCGCCCAAGCAGGAGGACGGCGAUGACGCGAAUGGCGGUGACGUACUGCGCGACCGCGUUCUCAGGGACAUUCUGCAGAGCCACAAGAAGGAGCUCAUGCGACUAUCCCCGGACAAUAAUAAUGUUCUCGCGAACAACAACAACGACGAGCCUAAGGCGGAGAAACAGUCCCCGGAACGACCGAUUUCGCGGGACUCGAGGCCGGACCUCGACGAAGCACUGCUGAGGCUGGACAAUGCCUGCGACUCACGCACCUCACCGCCUCCUGCGCCUCCGCCUUCGGAUCAACUGCUCGCUCCCAAAUCGGAGCCGGAAGAUCGCGACAGUGACGCCCAAAGGUCUUCACCGCGGCCACAGGAUGUGAAACGUGCUCGUGUCGAAAACAUAGUGUCAACGAUGCGUUCUAGCCCCGCACCGCAGCAACCUCAAGUGAACGGAUGCAAGAAGCGUAAGCUGUAUCAUCCGCAACAGCACGAUGGUGCAGCAGAACGGUACGGCACCAGCCACGGCAGCAGCGCGCAGACGGUAUCGGAUGACUCCGAGGAUGACGGUGAGCGACCCCCAAUUCAGCAAAAGUUAGUAGAAAAGAAUGCUUUAAAGUCACAAUUGAGAACUAUGCAAGAGCAACUGGCCGAGAUGCAAGAGAAAUAUUUGCAAUUAUGCAAUCGCAUGGGCCAAGAGUCAGAGACUAUAGAUAAUGACGGUGCUUCUAGUGAUGUAGAGCAAACCGAGGAGACCGUUCCGAAAUCGGAGCCCGCGUCUCCGGUCAAAGAGGUGCCGCCGCCGAUACCCAACAGUGCACCACCCAAUAUGCUCUCUCAAGUGAUGAGUAAGAUGAUAUCAGCCAAGAUUCAGGCUCACAACGCAGCUCAUCCUCACCUGCCGCCCGGCUUCAACGGUUCUCUACCCAUGCUACCUCAUCUGCCGCACGGUGAGCACAUGCACGCACCUCACUCUCAUCAACAGCACCUAAACAACGCAGCCGCCAUGUAUCUUAACGUUAGUCAAAAAUUAUUCUUAGAACAAGAGGCCCGCCUCAAAGAAGCGAGUGAACAACAAAAUAAUCAACAACAAAGGUCACAAUCCAAUCAACACUCGCCCCAACAGCGACAAAUGGGCCAGACGCCGAAGCCACCUCUGCCUUCAGAACUAGCGGAACGGUUAGAUGCGUUGAGAAGCAAUACGGGGUCUGUGGGGAUAACCGGAGCGGAUCUCGAAAGUCUCGCUGAAGUGCUCAAAAAUGAAAUAACAGCGUCACUAGCGAGUCUCAUAGACUCGAUCGUAACUCGAUUUGUGCACCAGCGACGCAUAAUGAGCAAGCAGUCGGAAGCGGCCGCGGCGGCCGCAGAACAACUGAACAAGGAUUUAAUGCGCGCAUCAAGAAUGCUGGACAGAAAAUCGCCACCGCCCAAAGCACCAGAGAGACCACCGGGACAAAUGCCAGGUAACCCACCCGUCCACCACCCCGGCGCCCCAAACGGCGUUCCCUUCAUGACAAAUAACCCAAUUUUUAUGAGCCACAUAAACGGCCCCCGUGCGCCGGGCGGCGCGGCGUUCCCGCUGCACCCCGAGGCGGGCGGGCCAGGCCACGGCGCUCACAUGCGACCCCCGACAGGCCUGUUCCAGACGCCGCAGAAACCCAUGCCUUCGCACUUCGGCCCGAUGAAUGGCCACUUCGACCGGGAACAGAACAUUGACCCCAGCGAACCCUUGAGUUUAGUGGUGACGCCUAAGAAGAAGCGGCAUAAGGUGACCGACACCCGGAUCACACCGCGCACGGUCAGCAGAAUACUCGGGGAGGGGGUGGGGCAGUCGCCCGAGAGCAAGUUCCCCGAAUCGCCUUCGCCGAGACCGUUCCACGGAGGUAUGGCGCUGCCGACGUCCGUGGCGAUACCGAAUCCUUCGCUUCACGAGAGUCAAGUGUUCUCGCCGUACUCCCCAUUUUUUGGGGCGGGUGGGGGUCUGGCCCGCUCUCCGCCGGCGCCGGAGCGGGAUUCUCCUCCGCUGCCGAACGCGCCGGCGAUGCUGCACCCGGUGCUGCUCGCGGCCGCGCACCAUGGCUCGCCGGACUACCUGCGGCACCCCCACGUGCCGCACCAUGCAGCCGGGCCUCACCAUCCGCACCACAUGGACACGCAGGACCCUCACUCCGACUGCAACUCCACCGACCUGCCCUACGACGGAGUUCAGCCUACUAUAUCCUUUUUAAUAGAUAAUUCAUUACAUAACACUUUCUAA